CUGGUUGUGUAUUCCCUUUGACAAGCAGCUAUGGGAUUAGCAAAAUAGUCCAGAGAUGUGUGUUGUCUCCUUGGUCACUUCUGAAACACAUUGCACAUUUAAACUUUUGUUAUUGUGACUUAUCAGUGCUGAUUUUUAGUACACCGCCCAACGGAAGUAUGUUAACUUUGGGUAAAUCUGGAAAACGAACUUGCCACCUCAGCUAACUCUGAGCUAGCUCGUUAGCAGGCUCGGCUCGACGACAUAAUAGGCUGCUGUGUCUCUGGGAACACCGUGUGCUCGUCGUGUCAGAUAAACCCAGCUAAUCGAGGAGAUUUUCUGACAAUAUCGUCGGUUUACUUAAUAUUUCACGAUUGCCAUUGUUGUAUAAUCAUCGACCCCGGACGCGAGAUGGAUUGUCACUAGCUUACUUCGCCAGACCCGGUGUCUUCUCAGCGUUAGCGGAGCACUGCUCUCAUAGCGCUGGCUAAAAAUACACCUCUUGUGCGCCUCCAAAAGUGGUGGGCUAGUCACACUGGACUUGUCUUCCUCUUUUCUGGUCACCUUGUUCAGAGUUUGGCCCUCUACAUGGUCACCGCAGUGAGUUUAAGACGACUAGAAGAGCUAGCCGGACCCCGAGGUAGCGAGCCCCGCCGGCCCGAUCUAACGCCGCCUCGUUCCGGCUGGUGGGCUUCAGGUCCACGGGUGACGAAACUGGGAUUUUGCGGAUCGGUGGCCGAACAUCAUUUUGCCCCAAUGGCCCUGUUGUGUAAUUUAGUGGUAAUAUAACAAAUCUUGGAACUUUGUGAAGGUCAGAGAAAAACGCGUUUGUGUCUGUCUGAGAUCCAUCUGUCCGCAGCAGCACCAUGUCGGAGGAUAACAAUGCAGACAAGUUAAUCAAGGAGACAUCCAUUCUAGACGAGUACAGCAUCAACUGGACACAGAAGUUGGGAGCGGGCAUCAGUGGACCGGUCAGAGUUUGUGUGAAGAAGUCAUCUCAGGAACGCCUGGCCCUGAAGAUCCUCAUUGAUCGCCCUAAAGCCAGGAAUGAGGUGCGCCUCCAUAUGAUGUGUGCACACCACCCAAACAUAGUGCAAAUCCUGGAGGUUUAUGCCAACAGUGUCCAGUUUCCACACGAGUCCAGCCCAAGAGCGAGGCUCCUAAUUGUUAUGGAGAUGAUGGAGGGAGGCGAGCUUUUCCACAGAAUCAGUCAGCACAGGCACUUUACCGAAAAGAUGGCCAGCCAGGUCACUAAACAGAUCAGUCAAGCCUUGGAACAUUGUCACUCCCUAAAUAUUGCACAUCGCGACCUGAAGCCAGAGAACCUGCUUUUUAAGGAUAACUCUCUGGAUGCACCUGUGAAGUUGUGUGACUUUGGCUUUGCCAAAAUUGAUCAAGGGGACUUGAUGACCCCUCAGUUCACUCCCUACUAUGUAGCACCUCAGGUACUUGAGGCUCAAAGAAGACACCAGAAAGAAAAGUCUGGAAUUAUACCUACCUCACCCACUCCUUAUACCUAUAACAAGAGCUGUGACUUGUGGUCUCUCGGAGUGAUCAUCUACGUGAUGCUCUGCGGCUAUCCUCCCUUCUACUCCAAGCACCACAGUCGCACCAUCCCAAAGGACAUGAGGAAGAAGAUCAUGACGGGAAGCUUCGACUUCCCUGAAGAUGAGUGGAGCCAGAUCUCUGAGAUGGCCAAGGACAUUGUCCGCAAGCUGCUGAAGGUGAAGCCAGAGGAGAGGCUCACUAUUGAGGGUGUCUUAGAUCACCCUUGGCUUAACUGCACGGAGGCUCUGGACAACGUGCUGCCCUCAGCGCAGAUGAUGAUGGACAAGGCGGUAGUGGCUGGUAUCCAGCAGGCCCAUGCAGAGCAGCUGGCCAACAUGAGAAUUCAGGAUCUGAACGUCAGCCUGAAGCCUCUUAACUCUGUCAACAACCCAAUCCUCAGGAAGCGGAAACUACUAGGCCCCAAGCCCAGUGAUGGUUUCUUCAUCCAUGAUCCAGAGAACGGAGGGGACGACUCCAACGUAGCGCUGGAAAAAUUACGAGACGUCAUUGCACAGUGUAUACUACCACAAGCUGGAGAGAACGAAGAUGAGAAGCUGAACGAGGUGAUGUAUGACGCCUGGAGGCUCAACAGAGACUGCAAACAGCUGAGAGAGGGGCUGCCGGGCCUCAGCUGGGACGGACGAUCCUUCUCCGAUAAAGUCGACCGCUUGAAAUUGGCUGAAAUAGUGAAGCAGGCCAUCGAAGAGAAGACAAAUCUUGAAGAAUCUCAUUAGCAACCGCUGUCUUUCUAUCUUCUUUUUAUAUUGUUUAUUAUAUCUCUUUUUAACCCAUAUCUGUAAAGAGGCUUUUUUUAUGUAAAAUGAUGCGCUAACUUUUGUUUUCUCUUGAAUUCACUUGCAAGACCUAUUGUACAGCUGUAGAUAUAUUUCAAAGAGGACUCAUUGGUACUAUAAUUUUUUUUUAAAGAACACUUGCGAAGAACAUUGAAAAAAAACAACUAUAUUUUCAUUUUUGCAAAAAAAGAAAAAAUCAGUUGAAGAAAUUAUUUUCUGGGAGGGAAUUUGUAUUCGCUGCUUUCCAAGGAGUCGCCUGUUUUAUCCCAGAUAUUUCAUUUUAUUCUGUUUUCUUACGUUUUAAUCAUCUUAAGAAUUGUAUUUAUUCAAGCACAGAUUUUCUUAUUUUAUACCUAAACUAUAGCCUGGCAGCGGGCUCUAAAGUCAAGAGAAGCUGUGACUGUUCUUCCAAACACUCUUGGUUCAGUGUGCAUUUAAAUUAUAUAAAUCUUUGUUUUUGUGUAA